UAAUCCUCGAGAUGUGUCACUGUGAGUGUCACACAGUCCAGAGAUUACAGGUGACAGGUAGUGCACACCCGACGGUUCCCACAAGCACUUUAUUUUGAACUAGGCACUUUUGAACUAGGCACCGAUGUCUGAACAACAACUUAUUUCGUGCAGCAGGCUACGUGUUUUCUCCUGCCGGGUGAACACAGCUUGUUGAAUCAAAUUGAAAAGUAAGAUUUAAAAAAUGGAAGAUAUAUUAUUUGACUUGGAUCAAGAUGGCACUACAGACUUUGCCUUCUGGGGCCAGAUGGACCCUAACUUCCAGUUCCAGGCCCAGUUGGACACUCUCCUCUUUGACUGCACCGCGGUCACGGGCCAGCUUUCGCCCUGGUCCUCGUUCGGUGGCCAGUCCAUGUUCCCUGACGCACAGAUGACCUUCACCGACCUGGACUCGCAGUCUCCCGGCCUUGGAGCCAGUGCUGAAGUGGACAGCUCCUCUGUGGACGAGCCCCACGAGAUGAGCAAGUGCAGGCAGCGGCGGUUCGUGCCCCAUCAUCCGUACAAGAUCCAGCGACACGCCGCUAACAUCCGGGAGAGGAAGAGGAUGCUGAGUAUCAAUUCUGCGUUCGAAGAGCUAAGGUGCCACGUGCCAACAUUUCCCUACGAGAAGCGCCUGUCUAAGAUUGAUACACUGAGAUUGGCCAUUGCCUACAUUGCCCUCCUGAGAGAGAUACUGAUUUCCGGCUGCGACCCCAAGUCGUACGUGGACGAAUGCAUGAAGAAUGGUUACAAGAAUCAAACCAAUGCCAUUUGGAACACAAGCGAUCUGACAGCCCGGCUCUCCUGGAUAAAGUGGGAUUAACUCAGGAUGGAGCAACCCAAGGGAUGGGGGACCGGGGCCAGACCUAAGCCCAUGGGGAUGGCAUUUCUCACAGGAGACAGAAGCAGCCUGGCAUGGGACCGAACGAACCUUGGUCAAACUAUUUUUUCUGAGUGUAAUACUGAAGUGCCCGUGUAUUCAUUUGAAACCAUUAGCUGUUGUUCAUUGUGUGUGACACCCAAAUUUCCCGUAAGUUAAUUUAACCUAAUUAAUUUAUGUAUUUAUUUCAUUUGUUUAUUUAUUUAUUAAUCAUUGAAGAAGAAAGAAAUGUUGUUAUUAUUAUAAUUAUUUAUUUAACUGUUUUCAUUUUGAUGUGGCGAGCUGUUUAAACUGUAUCUUUAAUCAAUUGACAAUCAUACAUGAUUUAUUAUGUUGUCAAAUGGAAAGUUUUGAUAUUCAUGAUACUUAUUAUGAAUAUAUGUUGUUUUUGUAGUGUCUUUGAGUAUAUUGCGGUGAAACUGUAAGGACUGGUGAAUGGAUUUGUACUCAAUGGCAAAUCAGGGAAUUUCUAACACACUGGCCGUGUGCGAAUGCCCAUACCUGCAUCCUAAAUAGUAGACCAUUUGAGCAGUGGUAGAGGUGCCUGUAGAAGGGGGCAUACUCUAAUUUUGUCCAAAAUCUCUGAAUGGCCUAAAAUGAACAUUCCCAUAUUGUGCAAGUAGGCUAAUACAGUAGGAGGGCUACUACUGAAAUAUAUAAAUUAGACUUUCAUCUGAGUCAGAAGUUCACAGGUUUCAGAUUUCCCACAUUUGUUUCAGGUUUUCACACUCAAAUAACACUUUUAAUAGAAUAACAAGAAAAUUGGGGCCCCCUGGGUGGCGCAGCGGUCUAAGGCACUGCUAGACGCGUUACUGCAGAUCCGGGUUUGAACUCGGGCUGUGUCAUAGCCGGCCGCGAUCGGGAGACCCAUGCACAAUUGUCCCAGUGUCGUCUGGGUUAGGAGCGGGUUUGUUUGGCCGGGAUGUCCUUGUCCCAUCGUGCUCUAGCGACUCCAUGUGGCGGCCGGGUGCAUGCACGCUGACUUUGGUCGCCAGCUGUACAGUGUUUCCUCCGACACAUUGUUGCGGCUGGCUUCUGGGUUAAGCGAGCAUGUGUCAAGAAACAGUGUGGAUUGGCUGGGUCGUGCAACUCCGUACAGGAGUUGGUACAGUACUGUAACUACCAAUUGGAUAUCAUGAAAUUGGGGUAAAAAGUACAAUUUAUUAUUAUUUUUAUGUUCUAAGUCCACACAAAUUCUUAAACCACAUAAUUUCAUACAUUUCGAUUUUUGAGUGAAGCUACACUUUAAUUAAACUGUGCAGGCAAAUAAUCAUGAUAUAAUUCUGCAAGGUAGGCAUAGGCUACUUUGUAGCUAGUUAACACUUACAGUGCAUUCGGAAAGUAUUCAGACCACUUGACUU